AUGUCGUCACCGAUAGAUGAAAGCGUUCGGCGUAACAGCGAAUCUGAAGAUGCUGAAACUCCAGAACACGAUCCUCAUUUCGAACCCAUUGUUUCGUUGCCCCUUAUAGAUAUUCAAACAAAUGAGGAAGAUGAAGAGGAAUUGGUUAAAAUUCGUGCAAGGCUCUAUAGAUACGACACCGCAGACCAUGAAUGGAAGGAACGUGGUACAGGAGACAUUAAACUUCUUCGUCACAAAAUAAACAAUACUGUCCGAGUGGUGAUGAGACGUGAUAAAACACUCAAAGUAUGUGCCAAUCACUUUAUCACACCGGACAUUAGGAUGAAUGUGCAUUGUGGUUCAGAUAAGGCCUUCAAUUGGUCAGUGUUUGCUGACUAUGCUGAUGAGCAAAUGAAGCAAGAAUUACUUGCUAUUAAGUUCGGAAACCCCCAAAAUGCAGAACUAUGGAAAUCGAAGUUUGCAGAAGCACAAGAAAUUGUUAGAACAAAAUGUAGCUUGUAUACACAGGACCAGUCAUCUGAUGAUGAAAGCAGCAUCACAAGAAGUGAAGAUACAGAUACACCAGAACCAAAAAGUAAUGAUAAACCUGAUGAGGAUACCAAAAAGGCUGAAAACGCAGACUUUGUAGUUUUAAAACUGAAAGAUUUGAAAGUUGAAAGUAAUAAAACAGAAUAA